AUGGUGGAAGAUGGUGUUGUGAUGGCAGGACUGAAAUCUGAUCAUGGAAUGCAAGUUACAAGUUACAAAGGUGCAUGGUUAAUGGGAGAGAGUCCGGAGAGGAUUAUCGAGAGGAACAACUGCCAAGGACUCUGUGGUGGAGACGGGAGUCAUUCAAGGGCUCGUAAGUCUCUCCAGUUUGAUGAAGAAAUCAAUGUGGUGAUGUCUGAAGACUCGAUCAAAGAGACUCAACAGACUUUAGGUGAGAAGGUGCAGGAUGGGGAGGACGGUAUGAAGGAAGAUAUUGAGACUGUGGACCAUGAUCUCCAUUCUUCUUUGGAUGAUGCAUCUUUUGGUGGAGGGAGUACUGAUACCGGACUUUGA